ACCUGCAAGAAGAUGAACUGGUUAAUACUGCUGUUCGUGGCAGCGGCCUAUGGCUUAUGUGCGAGAGAAGAGCCUGAAUCCACCUUUUCACCGGCGAGACCCCCGUCUAUCCCUCUCGCAGUGCGAUCACCAUACCUAAAUACAUGGCUGGAUGGCGACUCCAAGGGAAUUCUGCCAGGAAACUGGCCAAAAUUCUGGACAGGGCAAAAUCUUGGCUGGCAAGGAUACGUUCGUGUCGAUGGCACAAAUUUCAACUGGAUGGGAGGCGGAGAAGGUGCCGAGCAUGUCAAGCAACUUUCUUACGAGUACACGGCUACGAGAAGUAUAUUUCGGUUCAACGUCGGAGACGUGGUCGACAUGACUGUCACCUUUCUGUCGCCCAUCUAUCCUCAGAAUCUUGUGAAACAAUCUCUCCAGUUCUCAUAUGUCAACAUUAGAAUGCAGCCGUCAGACGGGAGGUCUCACAGUAUACAGCUGUACAUGGAUAUAACUGGAGAAUUCGCUGGCGGAAACAGGUUAAGCAACCUCACGUGGAACUACAGCACAUCAGGUGGAAUUGCAUAUCAUCAGGUCUCCCUGGCAAACCAGGUCAUGUUCCAAGAAAGCAACGAGCAGGCAAACUGGGGCAACUGGUACCUGGCAACUUCGAACGGUCAGUGGCUCACACACAAGAACGGCCACAGCUACAACGAAACAAGGCAGCAGUUCCUCGAAGACGGCAGACUCAAUAACACCAAAGACACAAACUACAGGGCCGUCAACGAGAGUUGGCCAGUCUUUGCAUUCUCCAAGGACUUCCAAAUAGUGCAGUCUUACGACAUAGUCGAAACUGUCUACACCUUGGGUCUUUCCCAGUCCCAAGUAAUCAACUUUCAGGGUGCCACCAACGGCCCGAGUGCCCUGGAGGGGCUCUGGAGGAGCAGAUGGCUGAACGGUGUGGACUCGAUGAUUUCGUUUCACAACGACUUCCGGUCAACAUAUAGUGAAACCCAGGUCUUGGACGAGAAGAUCCGCGCGGACUCGGCCGCAGCUGCCGGCGAUAACUAUGCCGCAAUCACUACAUUAUCUGUGCGGCAGACGUUUGCUUCACUACAGUUUGCUCAAAGACGUUUUACCAGGCAACGGUAUAUCUUUUUGAAGGAAAUCAGCUCAAACAGCGACAUUCAGACCGUCGACGUAAUUUUCCCUACCUAUCCGAUCCUGUUGUAUCUCAACCCUACAUUAGGAAAGCUUCUGCUCGAUCCGUUAUUUGAGAACCAAGAGAGUGGCCACUAUCCUAAUCGGUGGGCUAUUCACGACUUGGGCACAUUCCCCAACGCCAUCGGACACCCCCGAGGCGACGAUGAAACCAUGCCGCUCGAGGAGUGCGGCAACAUGAUUAUCAUGGCGCUCGCCUACGCGCAGCGGUCCGGCGAUGACGCUUACCUCCGGCGGCACUGGAACAAGCUGCAGCAGUGGGCCGAAUUCCUGGUGGCCGACAGCCUGGUGCCUGCGAACCAGCUGUCCACCGACGACUUUGCCGGCGCGCUCGCCAACCAGACCAAUCUCGCACUCAAGGGCGUCAUUGGCCUGCGCGCCAUGGUCGAGGUGGCGAACCGGGCCGGAGUCAACGCCAGCGCGGGGCCCAGGUACGGCCGCAUCGCGAGGGACUACCUCGCGCAGUGGCAGCGUCUGGGUGUCAACAGCGCCGCGAGCCCGCCGCACGCCACGCUGACGUAUAACGAUCCGGACAGCCACGGCUUGCUGUAUAACCUUUAUGCGGACAAGUUGCUGGGCUUGGGAUUUGUGAACCAGAGCGUCUACGACAUGCAGAGCGAGUUUUACAGGACCGUGGAGCUCGAAUACGGCGUGCCGCUGGAUACGCGACAUACCUGGGCCAAGACAGACUGGCAAAUAUUUGCAGCUGCGGUUGCAAGCAAAGACACGCGAGACAUGUUCAUCUCAAAGAUUCGCAACUUUAUCGAACACACCAACACCACUCGCCCGUUCACCGACCUAUAUGACGCCAACACUGGUGGCUUCCCAGUCGAUGGGCCAACGUUUGUCGCGCGGCCGGUACAAGGCGGGACGUUUGCGCUGCUUGCAUUAAGACGGUGA